CACUGGGACGGCUGCGCGCGGUUUGCGCACACGGCGGACUGGUGCAGCGGCGGCAACGAAUUCUCUUCACCGAUUUGGGUUCACAGUAUCCGCGCCAUGCUUCGGCUGUUUGAGGCAUCCUCGCAUGCAAAGCUGUAUGCAGAGUUCCGGCCGAACCCGCCAGCAUCUCUCAUUAACGCUGUUGUGCAAGCUGUCAAGGAGAAGCUGCCGCUGGAUCGUGCACUUGAUGUCGGCUGCGGCAAUGGACAGAACACCCGCUGCCUGGCACCCCAUUUCCGUUCCAUGCUAGCCACGGACGUCAGCCCAGAGCAGAUCAAGGAGGCCACCGCGAAUAACACCAUCACAAAUAUCGAGUACCGGGUAUAUCCUGCCGAGGAGAUCCCGGCGCCGGCCGAGUCCGUGCAGCUGGUCACCGCCUGCCAGUGCUGCCAUUUCUUCGAGCUGCCCCGUUUCUUCGCGGAGGCGGACCGCGUGCUGGUGCCAGGAGGCGUGCUCGCUCUGUAUGGGUACGGCUUCCCCGAACCGUACCGCGACGGCGCGCUCUGGACCGAGCUCAAUGAUGUCAUAGUGCAGGCUCAGGUGGCCCUGGCCGGCUUCUGGACCCACAUCCUGAAGGACGUGGAGGACCGGUACAGCGACCCACGCUUCCGGCUUCCCUUCCCGGGCGAGGUCAGGGACGAGAGCCACUACCAGGAGCGGACGCUGACCCUAGACGGCCUGCUAGGCGGCAUCAGCACCUGGUCCGGCUUCCAGGACCAUGUGGACCGCUGCGGCGCCGAGCGGGGCGAGGCCCUGCUGCGGCAGACCCGGGAGCGGUUACAUGCAGUGCUCUCCAACGGCGACCCGGAGGUCGAUACUAGCGCUAUCGCUAUCACCGUCCGGUACUUCUACUUCCUGCUGAUGGCGCGGAAGCCAGUGCCGCCUUGAUCUCGGCCCGCGACGACAGCGAUUGUGCUGCGCAGCUUUGGGACAGUGGGUAACGAAGCGGGAGAUGGGAGAUAGCGGGAGAUGGCGCUCAACUGGAUGGAAUAGGGGAGCCAGUUCGUUUCACGUGGGCGAGGUCUGGUUGGGAGCUCUUCGGAUGGUCGGGUUAGAUGCUGGGACAUUAAUUUUAUACCGCAACAUUAUGUUGUUGGAAUAAUAUAGCUGAAAGGUGUCUGGUGGUUGUGGAGUUUUGGUGUUUUUUUUUUGUGUACGGGUAUUACUGAUAGGGCAUUAUGCAAUUAACGAGACGACUGAGGAGGCCAGUUGAGAAUUCAGAUCAUGCAAAUCGUUCAGGAUGGUAUUUUAUGAGAACCAGGCUCUUUUCUUUAUCAUUGUGACAUAUAAGAGUUGAAAGGUAGUGAUUAAAAAACGUAGCUGUUCAUUGUCGGUGCCAAAGGGCAAUGGCGUACAUUGCCGUAGUGGUGCUGUUUUUCACCCAUCGUUGUAUAAUCUGUUUUUUCGGGAUAUACCGGGCCGACGUUGAUGUUGCUAACGAUUUAGUCACGCCACAUGUAUGUGGUCCAAGAACGCCAACCAAUAUUGUUAUUCACUGCCCACUACCUCCCGUUCCUUGGAAAUGGUUUUGUCCGCUGGUUUGUGUGAUUACUUGCGGAGUGCCUGCUUCUAUUCUCCGUCAGCAUGAUGUGCGUGCCUGAUCAGCCACCUGCAUCAGUGCAUGCUCAGCCCUGCGUCACUCCAGCCGACGUGGCGCGUGUACUGCAGCGAUGUCGGCCUCACCACGAGACGUGAAUAAACCAGAUUCCCCAUC